GGCGUUGCGGCGGGGGCGGUGCCAGGUGGGCUACGCGGCUGGGGCGGCUGCGAAUUUCGCCUUAGGGAUGCGUUGAUACUCACUGGCUAGUCCACCGCUCUCAGUCGGAGACCACAUUGCCUCGUGUCCAGCUAUCCAUUACCAAGAAGAAAUCCAUUCGUUUGAGCCUGAGGAACUCUUUGAGGUAAAAAAUUAGAAUGAAAGAACCUUUGGAUGGUGAAUGUGGCAAAGCAGUGGUACCGCAGCAGGAGCUUCUGGACAAAAUUAAGGAAGAACCAGACAAUGCUCAAGAGUAUGGAUGUGUCCAACAGCCAAAAACUCAAGAAAGUAAAUUGAAAAUUGGUGGUGUGUCUUCAGUGAAUGAGAGACCUAUUGCCCAGCAGUUGAACCCAGGCUUUCAGCUUUCUUUUGCAUCAUCUGGCCCAAGUGUAUUGCUUCCUUCAGUUCCAGCUGUUGCUAUUAAGGUUUUUUGUUCUGGUUGUAAAAAAAUGCUUUAUAAGGGCCAAACUGCAUAUCAUAAGACAGGAUCUACUCAGCUCUUCUGCUCCACACGAUGCAUCACCAGACAUUCUUCACCUGCCUGCCUGCCACCUCCUCCCAAGAAAACCUGCACAAACUGCUCGAAAGACAUUUUAAAUCCUAAGGAUGUGAUCACAACUCGCUUUGAGAAUUCCUAUCCUAGCAAAGAUUUCUGCAGCCAAUCAUGCUUGUCAUCUUAUGAGCUAAAGAAAAAACCUGUUGUUACCAUAUAUACCAAAAGCAUUUCAACUAAGUGCAGUAUGUGUCAGAAGAAUGCUGAUACUCGAUUUGAAGUUAAAUAUCAAAAUGUGGUACAUGGUCUUUGUAGUGAUGCCUGUUUUUCAAAAUUUCACUCUACAAACAACCUCACCAUGAACUGUUGUGAGAACUGUGGGAGCUAUUGCUAUAGUAGCUCUGGUCCUUGCCAAUCCCAGAAGGUUUUUAGUUCAACAAGUGUCACAGCAUACAAGCAGAAUUCUGCCCAAAUUCCUCCAUAUGCCCUGGGGAAGUCAUUGAGGCCCUCAGCUGAAAUGAUUGAGACUACAAAUGAUUCAGGAAAAACAGAGCUUUUCUGCUCUAUUAAUUGCUUAUCUGCUUACAGAGUUAAGACUGUUACUUCUUCAGGUGUCCAGGUUUCAUGUCAUAGUUGUAAAACCUCAGCAAUCCCUCAGUAUCACCUAGCCAUGUCAAAUGGAACUAUAUACAGCUUCUGCAGCUCCAGUUGCGUGGUCGCUUUCCAGAAUGUAUUUAGCAAGCCAAAAGGAACAAACUCUUCGGCGGUGCCCCUGUCUCAGGGCCAAGUGGUUGUAAGCCCGCCCUCCUCCAGGUCAGCAGUGUCAAUAGGAGGAGGUAACACCUCUGCCGUUUCCCCCAGCUCCAUCCGUGGCUCUGCUGCAGCCAGCCUCCAACCUCUUGCUGAAAAAUCCCAGCAAGUUGCUUUAACCCAUACAGUUGUUAAACUCAAGUGUCAGCACUGUAACCAUCUGUUUGCCACAAAACCAGAACUUCUUUUCUACAAGGGUAAAAUGUUUCUGUUUUGUGGCAAGAAUUGCUCUGAUGAAUACAAGAAGAAAAAUAAAGUUGUGGCAAUGUGUGACUACUGUAAACUGCAGAAAAUUAUAAAGGAGACUGUGCGAUUCUCAGGGGUUGAUAAGCCAUUCUGUAGUGAAGUUUGCAAAUUCCUCUCUGCCCGUGACUUUGGAGAACGAUGGGGAAACUACUGUAAGAUGUGCAGCUACUGUUCACAGACAUCCCCAAAUUUGGUAGAAAAUCGAUUGGAGGGCAAGUUAGAAGAGUUUUGUUGUGAAGAUUGUAUGUCCAGAUUUACAGUUCUGUUUUAUCAGAUGGCCAAGUGUGAUGGUUGUAAACGACAGGGUAAACUAAGCGAGUCCAUAAAGUGGCGAGGCAACAUUAAACAUUUCUGUAACCUAUUUUGUGUCUUGGAGUUUUGUCAUCAGCAAAUUAUGAAUGACUCUCUUCCACAAAAUAAAGUAAAUAUUUCUAAAGUGAAAACUGCUGUGACGGAGCUCCCUUCUGCAAGGACAGAUACAACACCAGUUAUAACCAAUGUGGUGUCAUUGGCAAAAAUACCUGCUACCUUAUCUACAGGGAACGCUAACAGUGUUUUAAAAGGUGCAGUUACUAAAGAGGCAGCAAAGAUCAUUCAAGAUGAAAGUAUACAGGCAGAUGCUAUGAAAUUUCCAUCUUCCCAAUCUUCCCAGCCUUCCAGGCUUUUAAAGAACAAAGGCAUAUCAUGCAAACCCGUCACACAGACCAAGGCCACUUCUUGCAAACCACAUACACAGCACAAAGAAUGUCAGACAGUAGAGACGGGAUUUCACAGUGUUGGCCACGCUGGUCUUGAACUCCUGACCUCAUGAUCCGCCCGCCUCAGCCUCCCAAAGUGCUGGGAUUACAAGCGUGAGCCACCGCGCCUGGCCUAUCAUCUAUUCUUAAGGCUUUUGAUACCUGUUGCCUAAAUUGCCCUCCUGAAAAGUUACAUCAACGUAUGCUCCAACCAGCAGUGUUGAGGAGGAUCCAUUUCUGUACAACCUCACUGACACUGAGUAUCAAAAUUCAGAAAGGUUGAAUAUACAGUACAGUCAACACUAGUAUACUCUUCAUGUAGAUUAAUGAAAUGUUAACUUUUUGCAAUAUUUGUUUUCUUUUUUUUCUGGAUUGUUUGAAAGUAAAACAUUAUUUUUCUUUCUCUUUUUCUUCCUUUUCUUUCUUUUUUUUUGAGAUGGAGUUACACUCUCGUCUCCCAGGCCGGAGUGCAAUGACAUGAUCUCGGCACAUUGCAACCUCCGCCUCCCGGGUUCAAGCGAUUCUCCUGCCUCAGCCUCUCAAGUAGCUGGGAUUAUAGGCAUGUACCACCAUGCCUGGCUAAUUUUGUGUUUUUAGUAGAGACGGGGUUUCACCAUGUUGGCCUGGCUGGUCUCAAACUCCUGACCUCAGGUGAUCUGCCCGCCUUGGCCUCCCAAAGUGCUGGGAUUACAGGUGUGAGCCCCAUGCCUGGCCUUUUUUUUCUUUUUCUUUAAAAAAAUUUUUUGACACCAGUGUCACUCACCAAUAAAAAAUUUAUUCUUUUUGUUUUUUUUUGAGACGUAGUCUCAAGAGUGCAGUGGUGUGAUCAUGGCUCUCUGCAGUCUCAACCUCCUGGGCUCAGGCAAUGCUCUUGCUUUAGCUACCCAAGUAGCUGGGACUAUAGGUGUGUGCCAUUGCAUCCAGUCAAUUUUUUUUCUUUUUUUUUUUUAAUGUAGAGAUGGAGUUUCACCAUGUUGCCCAGGCUGGUCUCUAACUCCAGGGCUCAAGUGACCCACCCACCUUGGCAUCCCAAAGCGCUGGGAUUAUAGGUGUGAGCCACCCUGCUCAGCCAAAAAGUUUAUUGUUAAUUUGAUGUGUACCAUGGUCUUCAGCCCUAAUUUCAAUAAACUAUUGGGUGCUUGGGAUUACUUGUACAUGUACCACAUCCUACAGUUUUAUUAUACCUAGUGAUCAAGCUUUGGGCAAAGGAGAAAUUCAGUUUUCAGUAGCAUCAUUGGAAGUAUUAUGAUUUGUGCUUAAACUUUUACCAGUGCAUUCUUUUGAGAAAUAGAAAUAGUAACAAAAUAUGAAUUUUAAAUAUGUGGGGAGAUACAUAAAGAACAUUGCUUAUUUGUUCUUGAAAAUAACAGUGAUUCAAAUAUUUCAUUCAGAUUUACCUAUGCCUAAUGAAAAAAAUGAUGCAGAACUUGAUUCUCCACCUUCAAAGAAAAAAAGAUUAGGUUUUUUCCAGACUUACGAUACAGAAUAUUUAAAAGUUGGUUUUAUUAUCUGUCCUGGAUCAAAAGAAAGUUCACCAAGGCCACAGUGUGUCAUUUGUGGAGAGAUCUUAUCCAGUGAAAACAUGAAGCUAGCAAAUCUUUCUCAUCAUUUGAAGACAAAACAUUCAGAAUUAGAAAACAAACCAGUAGAUUUUUUUGAACAAAAAUCUCUAGAAAUGGAAUGUCAAAAUAGUUCUUUAAAAAAGUGUUUACUAGUUGAAAAGUCACUUGUGAAAGCUUCUUAUUUAAUUGCUUUCCAAACUGCUGCAAGCAAGAAGCCAUUCUCCAUUGCUGAAGAAUUAAUUAAACCAUAUUUAGUAGAAAUGUGUUCAGAAGUUUUGGGUUCAAGUGCUGGAGACAAAAUGAAAACUAUUCCACUUUCUAAUGUUACAAUUCAACACAGGAUUGAUGAACUAUCUGCAGACAUUGAAGACCAGCUGAUUCAAAAGGUCAGAGAGUCAAAGUGGUUUGCCCUUCAGAUAGAUGAGUCAUCAGAAAUCUCAAAUAUCACACUUCUUUUGUGCUAUAUUCGUUUCAUUGAUUAUGAUUGUUGUGAUGUAAAAGAAGAAUUAUUAUUUUGCAUUGAAAUGCCUACUCAAAUAACUGGUUUUGAAAUAUUUGAACUAAUAAAUAAAUAUAUUGAUAGCAAAUCUCUGAAUUGGAAACAUUGUGUUGGUCUCUGUACCGAUGGGGCUGCAAGCAUGACUGGCAGGUAUUCUGGUUUAAAAGCAAAAAUUCAAGAAGUUGCCAUGAAUACAGCGGCAUUUACACAUUGUUUUAUUCACCGUGAACGUUUAGUGGCAGAAAAGUUGUCUCCAUGUUUACAUAAAAUUCUUUUGCAGUCAGCACAAAUUUUAAGUUUUAUAAAGAGCAAUGCAUUAAAUUCACGUAUGUUAACAAUUUUGUGUGAAGAGAUGGGAUCUGAGCAUGUGAGUUUACCGCUUCAUGCUGAAGUACGUUGGAUAUCAAGAGGGAGAAUGUUAAAAAGAUUAUUUGAAUUACGACAUGAGAUUGAAAUAUUUUUAAGUCAAAAGCAUUCAGAUUUGGCCAAGUAUUUUCAUGAUGAGGAAUGGGUUGCAAAGCUGGCCUACUUAUCAGAUAUAUUUUCACUUAUAAAUGAAUUAAAUUUAAGUCUCCAAGGAACUUUGACUACUUUCUUCAAUUUGUGUAAUAAAAUUGAUGUAUUUAAGAGAAAGUUAAAAAUGUGGUUGAAGCGCACACAAGAGAAUGAUUAUGACAUGUUCCCUUCAUUUUCUGAAUUCUCAAAUUCAUCAGGCUUAAAUAUGACAGAGAUCACAAGGAUUAUUUUUGAGCACCUGGAAGGACUUUCUCAAGUGUUCAGUGACUGUUUUCCACCAGAACAAGACUUGCGUUCAGGAAAUUUGUGGAUAAUUCACCCUUUUAUGAAUCACCAAAAUAAUAAUCUCACCGACUUCGAAGAAGAAAAGCUAACACAGCUAUCUUCAGAUUUAGGAUUACAAUCACUAUUUAAAUCAGUGUCUGUAACUCAGUUUUGGAUAAAUGCAAAGACAAGUUACCCAGAACUCCAUGAAAGGGCAAUGCAAUUUUUAUUACCCUUUUCAACUGUUUAUUUAUGUGAUGCUGCCUUUUCAGCUUUGACUGAGUCAAAACAAAAAAAUCUGUUGGGUUCUGGCCCUGCCCUAAGACUUGCAGUCACAUCUUUAAUUCCAAGGAUAGAAAAAUUAGUGAAGGAGAAAGAGUAGCAAUAUGCACAUUGCUUAACAGUGAAGUCAAUAAUCUUGUGUUAAGUUUUGUAUAAGUAACCUAAAAGAUAAUUUCCUAAUGUGGAUUUGUGUUUUCAGUGAUUAAAUGUUUUAAUAAUUUUUCCCUUUUUGUUGAGGAAUUUAAUAAUUAUGAUUGUUAUAAAUAAUUAUGUAUAAUUGUAAUCCAGGGUAGAAAAUUUAGUUAUUUCAUUAAAUUUGGAUUAGUGACAAAGACUGCAGGUAAUGAGAAGCCCAGUUUAUAAUGUAACAGCACAACCUGGAUGUUGAAACAGCUUGGCCUUUAGAAGCAAGUGGAACAUUUCAGUCUUCCAGCCAACCGGCUACUUACCCCUGCAAGGUUGUGAGUAGGUGGAAAAGAUAGAUCUUUUUUAUUGAGAUGGAGUUUUGCUCUUGUUGCCCAGGCUGGAGUGCAAUGGCGUGAUCUCGGCUCACUGGAACCUCUGCCUCCUGGGUUCAAACAAUUCUCCUGCCUCAGCCUUCCAAGUAGCUGGGGUUACAGGCAUGUGCCACCAUGCCCGUCUAUUGUAUUUUUUUAGUAGAGACGGGGUUUCACCAUAUUGGUCAGGCUGGUCUCGAUCUCCUGACCUCAAGUGAUCCACCUGCCUCGGCCUCCCAAAGUGCUGGGAUUACAAGUUUGAGCCACCGUGCCCAGCUGGAAAAAGAUAGAUCUAGGCAGCUUGGGUAACUAUAAAUGGAAGCAGCAGGGGGGUUUGAGACCCCUCCUUGGGGCCUUUCUGGCCCAAUAUACCAGGGCUUAGCAAACUUUUUAAAUAAAGAGCCAGAUAGUAAAUAUUUUCAGCUUUGCAGGCCAUACUGUCACAACUACUCAAUUCUGCAGUUGCAGUGCAAAAGCAGCCAUAGACAAUAUGCAGAUGAGUGUGGCUGUUUUUAAAUAAAACUUACUCGUGAACACUGAAA